CAGUGGUGCAAAUGUGCGGCCAGCGAUGACUAAUUAAUCAAUACUAGCGGAAGACCGAGGAAUCCCCGCGCAAGAUGUCGUCCAUUGAUUGGGGCGACUUCGCCUGGAACUGGACGCAGUUCUGUCCCACGGGACUGAAGCCGUUCGCCAACGAGACCAACGAUCUGCUGCCCUGCUUCCAGAAGAUCCUGCUCCAGCUGCCCGUCUACACAAUCUUUGCGGCCAUAUCCGCCUACAAUUUCGGCAAUCAGUCGCGACCCGUCGCCCGGAAUGGACUGCAGCUGCGGAUGCUCUGGAUCCGGGCCUUCCUGGCCAUCGUGCUUGCAAUGCUCCCGGUGGCCAAGGUUUUCGCCUUCCACCAGCAGGGCGUUGAACUGUUCGCGGUCGAUCUGCUGGUGGUUAGUGCCGAGUGCAUUAUGUGGGUGGUUCACAGCGGUUUCCUCCUGACAGCCCGUCAAUAUGGAGAGCUUAGUCACCGGGGAUCGCUGCUAAUCAAUGUCGUUUGGCUCACGGUUGUGGUUCUGGAUGCAGUGUGGCUGCGGACGAGUCGCCACUACGACUGGUGGCCCUGGAGCCUGGCCACGCUGCUCUGUGAUCUGCUGUUUGCAGCCACCCUGAUACCCAAAGGAAGUGCUGUUUACACCAGCUUGUCCAGAGGAGGAUCCUCGGGCAGAGAGGAUGAGGCUCUGCUAUCCCAAAGAUAUACCUAUUUCCAUUUCGAUCUGAACGAGGGCCAUUUGGGUCAUGCCCAGGAUGAAGCCAACUUGGGAUCGCGAUUCCUCUUCCAUUGGGUUCAUCCCCUGAUCUCCAAGGGAGUGGCUGGCAAGCUGAGGAAGAUUGAGGAUCUGUUUGAUCUGCCCGACGCCCUAAAUAUCACGCGAUUGAGCGAGAGAUUGCACCUAGCUCUGUCGCAAUCCCAGAGUUUAUGGCGAGCACUGCACAGAUGCUUCGGCGUGGAGUUUUACCUCAUCGGAAUCCUGAGAUUGGUGGCCGAUUUGAGUGGCUUUGCGGGUCCCUUGCUGCUCGGAGGACUUCUCAGGCAGGAUCACGCAGACUCCAAUCAGGUGUAUUACUAUGCAUUGGGCCUUUUUGGCAGCACUUUGCUGUCUGCUCUGUGUGCCACGCACUUUGACUGGCGCAUGGCCAUGGUUUCCAUGAAAAUGCGAGUGGGAGUUAUCAACUCUAUAUACAGAAAAGCCUUGGAGGCCAGGGGCUUGAAGGACUCCAAACCAGAUAUGCUAAAUCUGAUGUCAACGGACACGGAUAGGAUUGUGAACUCCUGCAUCAGCUUCCACUUCUUCUGGAGCAUUCCCUUCAAGUUGUUUACUACACUGUACCUGCUUUACCUUCAACUGGGAGCUGCUUUUCUCGCAGGCGUAGCUUUUGCCGCCAUGCUGAUUCCGAUUAACAGAUGGUUGGCCAAAAGAAUUGGCAUAUAUUCAAGUGGCCUGAUGACUGCCAAGGAUGCCAGGCUAUCGGCCACCACGGAAACCAUGCAGGGAGCCAAGCAGAUCAAGAUCAAUGCCUGGGAGGAUAUAUUCAUUACCAAGAUCCGGGGGUUGCGACAGGAGGAGCUGCGCUUCUUGUCGAAGAGGAAGUACCUGGAUGCCAUGUGCGUCUACUUCUGGGCCACCACUCCCGUGCUCAUGUGCCUGCUCACAUUUGGAGUAUCUGUACUGAUGGGCAAUCAGUUGAUAGCUUCUACCACCUACACAAGCGUGGCCCUGCUUUAUAUGCUUAUAGGACCACUGAAUGCCUUUCCUUGGGUGCUCAAUGGUUUGAUUGAAGCCUGGGUUUCCAUCAAAAGAGUGCAGCAACUAAUGGAUGUGCCCAAUUUGGAUUACUCUUCGUAUUACAAUCCCAUAAUGAGGGGAAGUGGAGGAUCUGGAGCUGCAGAAGACGCACCUUUGGAUGCCCCACGCGCCAGUGUGCUGCAGAUGAAGUGCGCUAGCUUCUGUCACGAUAGCGAGGAGAAUACAUCUUCGGCUGCAUUCCGCUUAAAAGACAUAAAUGUGGACAUCAAGGCGGGUCAGCUUGUGUGCAUCGAAGGACCUGUGGGCGGUGGUAAGAGCAGCUUUCUUUCCGCCAUAGUGGCCAAUCUGCAGUGCACCGAUGGCGAGGUGUGCGUCCAGGAACUGACCACUGGAUUUGGUUACGUACCCCAGUCACCGUGGCUCCAGAGAGGAACCAUCAGGGAUAACAUCGUUUGGGGCGCUCAAUUUGAUGAGCAGUGGUAUAAAACUGUUUUGCAUGCAUGUGCUUUGGAGGAGGAUCUCCAGAUCCUCGGAGGUGAUCUCAUCGGCGUGGGUGAGAACGGAAGAACGCUUUCCGGCGGGCAGAGGGCGAGAGUGGCACUAGCUAGGGCGGUUUAUCAGGAUAAGAAAGUUUACCUCCUGGACGAUGUGCUCUCUUCUCUAGACGCCCAUGUGACCAGGCAUAUUAUCAAGCACUGCAUUCUGCGGCUACUUAAGCACAAAACACGCAUUGUGGUCACUCGGAGCAUUCAGUUAUUCUUCCACGCCAAUCAGAUUCUCCAAGUUAAGGAUGGUCAACUUCUUCCCAGUGAAUAUAUGACUCAAAGCAUUGAUUUGAGUCUGGAUGAGGAGGCGGAUGAUGAGCCUGAAGAAACAGUGAGGCGACGUUCCGUGGAAUUAGCUAACCAGGAUGACAAGAAGAGUGUCGAUAGUCUGCUUCUCGAGGAAUCUAGAGAGUACGGACAUCUUUCAGGCGACGUUUUUGCCUGCUACUGGAAGGCAGUGACUUCUCCAUUGGUCCUUACUGUUUUGCUUUCUGUAUUGCUCAUGCAAUUGACGAGGAAUCUAAGUGAUGCCUGGCUAGCUUAUUGGGUCACUGAAACUACGUUGGAUCCCCAUUCGAAUGACACUUCAUUGGAUCAUGAAUUAAUAGCUCCGGCGAUGGGAAAUGAUACCGGAUCGGGGCACACGACUAGAUUCUAUUUGAGCAUCUUCACCGCCAUCGCUGUGAGCAAUUCCUUGGUGACUCUGGCCAGGGCGUUUCUCUUUGCCUACGCUGGAAUAAAGGCUGCCAUCUUUAUGCACGAAAAGCUCUUGAAGAAAGUCAUGUUUGCCAAAUUCAAUUUCUUUGACAUCACCUCUGUGGGUCGCAUUCUGAAUCGCUUUUCAUCCGACACAAACACUGUGGACGACUCCCUUCCCUUCAUCUUGAAUAUUCUAUUGGCUCAACUGGCUGGGUUAAUAGGAGCUCUCUGCGUCAGCCUGUAUGCGAUGCCUUGGCUAGGUCUUGUGAUCAUUCCCAUGGUUCCAAUCUAUCUAAACUUGCAGCAGCGCUAUCGCCACGCCUCCAGAGACAUCAAACGGUUGUCAAGCAACGCAAUGUCACCGCUGUACACACACUUUACCGAGACUCUUCAGGGAUUGACGACGAUUAGGAGUAUGCGAGCUAGUCCGAGAUUUCAAAGGGACUUCCAAGUGAAGCUCGAGGAGAGCAUUAAAGCCCAGUUGACGCAAUCGGCUGCUCAACAAUGGCUUGCUCUUCGACUGCAGUUGCUGGGCACUCUUCUCGUCGGAGGAGCCGGUCUUCUGGCAGCCAUUACCGCCUCUCACACAACGAAUCCUGGCCUGGUGGGUCUGUGCAUCUCCUAUGCUCUCUCCAUCACUGGUCAAUUGGGAGAUCUCCUUCAUGCUGUGGCUGAAACGGAGCAGGAAUUGGUCGCAGUGGAGCGUAUAGAUCAGUAUCUUCAGCUGGAGGAAGAGCAGAAUGCCUCCGGAAGUGCAGAGCCUCCUUUCGGUUGGCCUACCCAAGGAGUUCUGAGUUUCCGGGAAGUCCAACUGAGCUAUAGAGAGCAUUUGGCGCCUGCUUUGCGAGGCGUGAGCUUCCAAACUGAAGCCUUCGAGCGGAUUGGCAUCGUGGGACGCACGGGAGCUGGUAAAACAUCAGUUCUGGCUGCCCUCCUGCGAGUGGCACCUUUGUCCCAAGGAGAGAUUCGUUUGGAUCAGGUGAAUCUGAAAACUCUGGCUUUAAGUGUGCUAAGAGAAAGGAUAGGCGUUAUCACCCAGGAGCCCUUCCUCUUCGAAGGCACUGUGCGUGAAAAUCUGGAUCCACGCCAUGGUUUCUACGACUCGGAGAUCUGGCAUGCGAUUAAAAACUCAGCAGCCGCCACUCUUCUCGUCCAGCAAUUGGGUGGAUUGGACGGCAAAGUGGAAUCGUGUGGCAACAAUCUCUCCGCUGGGCAGCGGCAACUUCUCUGCUUGGCAAGGGCUCUGCUCAAAAACGCCAAGGUGGUGGCCAUAGAUGAGGGCACAUCCAACCUAGACGACGAAUCGGAUCUGAGCAUUCAGCAGGCCUUGAGGAAUGCCUUCAAGAGCUGCACUCUGCUCUUCAUCGCUCAUCGCCUGCGCGGUCUCAAUGCCAUGGAUCGGAUAAUCGUACUGGACGAUGGACGGAUUUGUGAGGAGGGUAAACCCCAAGAUCUGGCCUCCAAUAGCGCAACUAUUUUCCAUGGAAUGCUGCUCGCUCAGGACAUAAAUCCAGAGGAUUUCGUCAGGCCGAAUUAGCACUAACUACCAAUUGUAUAUAAGUCAAUUGUUAUACGAUUUUAUUUAUUAUUUUGUUUAAUUUGUAUUUACUUGUGUUCCUAACUUACGAUUCCAUUUUGAGUUCCCUAAACAACUAAGAAAUCGAUAAAAAAAAAAACUAACAUUAUUUGUUCUAGAUUUAUUUCAUUGUACAAAUCUGAAUUUGAUUGACAAACUAUUUUUGUAGUGAAUUUUAACCAGUAGUUAUUUCCGUACAAAGUGUACAGAAUGCGUUAAAUUAUAUAUACUAUAUUAUAAAAUAUAUGUUU